AUGCGUCUUCCGCCCGAAAUCAUUCAACUCAUUAUUGAGUCUAUCAUCCCUCCAGAUCCGCCGGUGGCGUAUCCCGACUUUUCAGGAGAAAUCGAUACCUUGGUCAACUUGACAUUGGUCUCGCGAUUUACUUGCCAGAUCGCAAGACGACUUCUCAUUAAUCACUGUCUUCUGAUUGACGAUGAAUGGUUAUUGGGGCAACUGCUCGAAUGUGAGCCACCAGAACUUGUCAACCGAAGGCCAAAUGAUACGGGGGCACAAGUACAGAAAAGUACUGCAGCUGGCCUUGUACUGGUGUUGGAUGAGCCCGAUAGGCUCCCGGUUGCGCGAGACAUCGAAACGCUCUCGUUUUACCUAUGUCACCGCUUGACCAGGCUGGUGAUUGAUUUACCCCUGCGCUUCUAUAACCCAUCAAUCCCCGAGUUGGAGGUGCGCCCCAUGCUACGCGAAGCGUUCAAGCGCUUGACACUAUUAGAGGAAUUCUGUUCAGCUGCAGACGACCUUUGCCUUGAUACGCAAAAGCUACCCUACAUUUGGGAGACCCCUUCCGACCAACUGGAGGAGGCGGAUUAUGAACCAGCGGUGUGGUCACUAUGGCCUCGUCUGCGCCGUCUCGCCCUGUGCGAAGUUGAUGUUACAUCCAUGCAAUUCAUCGGGGGGCUACGCCGGUGUUCGAAGCUGACACACCUGGUCCUUGUUGCACCUUCUGGCUUGGAUCGCGAUGUUCGGUCUGGCUGGCAGUCAACUGACUUCUUGCCCUCACUCGAACGGCUCCUGAUUGCAGAUUCAGCCGAUGAGUUUGAGAUGGUUAAUGGCAAGGACCAUCUCGGAGAUGACAAAGGAUUUGUACGGCAACUAUUUCAGUGCUACAAGUCGCGAGAGUCGGGAAAGCAGAGAUACUUUUCCAAUGACGAGGAAUGUGUUGAGUUCGACUCGCUCGUCAAGAAAAUAGCUUUUCCCGUGCCAAACUAUCGUAAAGGGGAUGACGAUAUCAUCUGCCACGGAUGGCUCCUCGAUGCCAGUAUAGACGGGACUAUUUGGACUGAACCAUAUGGUAUCGGUAGUCGAUAUAUGUUAGCAAGAAAUACAUAUACCACGUGA